AUGAUGACGGACACUGCUGCUGAAAUGCCCCGAGCGUAUGACGCCACGGCUGUCGAACAGCGCAUCUACAAAAAUUGGUGGGAUUCGGGCUAUUUCGCCCCCCGGAUGGACGAUUCCAGGCAGCCGUUCUGCGUAAUAAUGCCGCCGCCCAACGUCACCGGCGAGUUGCAUCUGGGCCAUGCCCUAACCGCCAGUUUGCAAGAUUCCCUGACCCGCUGGCACCGGAUGCGCGGGGAGCCUACGCUUUGGCUGCCUGGUAAGGAUCACGCCGGUAUUGCCACACAGUGGGUGGUGGAACGCGCGUUGGCCACCGAGGGCACCAAUCGCCACGAAUUGGGCCGCGAGAAGUUUGAGGAGCGAGUUUGGGAGUGGGUGGCCCGGUACGGAAACACCAUCGAUGAGCAGCACCGGCGGCUCGGCGCUUCCUGCGACUGGUCCCGCCUGCGAUUCACCCUGGAUCCCGGCCCGGCGCGCGCGGUACGCACCACCUUCGUCAAUCUUUUCAACAAAGGGCUCAUCUAUCGCCAUGAGCGCAUCAUCAACUGGUGCCCGCGCUGUUCGACGGCAUUGUCUGACCUGGAGGUUGAAUACGAGGAGCAGGACGGCAAGCUGUACCACAUCCGCUACCCAUUGUCGGGAAACCCUGACCAAUUUAUUACCGUCGCUACGACCCGCCCGGAAUCGAUGCUGGGCGACACCGGAGUUGCGGUCCAUCCCGACGACCCACGAUACGCGGACGUGAUUGGGCGGGCGGUGGUGUUGCCCAUCGUAGGGCGCGAGAUUCCCGUCGUUGCUGACCCGGCAAUCGAGAUGGAAUUUGGUACUGGCGCCCUGAAGGUUACACCGGGCCACGAUGCCGUUGACUUCGAAAUCGGCGAGCGCCACAACCUGCCCAUCGUGAAUGUCAUCGGAUUUGACGGCUGCCUAACGGCUGACGCCGGCGCCAAGUACGCCGGUAUGGAGCGCUUCGCCGCCAGAGCCGCCAUCGCCGUCGAACUGGAUGCGCUGGGAGUCCUGGAGCGUGUCGAGGACUAUCACAACUCGGUGGGGCAUUGCCAGCGGUGCAACGAGGUAGUGGAGCCGCUGAUCAGCCUGCAAUGGUUCCUGAACGUGGGCCAGCAUACCGAACCGGACAGCAUCGCCGGCCGCGCCCACGCCGCAGUGGCCAACGGGGACAUCCAGAUAGUUCCUGAGCGGUUCUCACGGGUCUAUCUGAACUGGCUGGAAAAUAUCCGCGACUGGUGCAUCAGUCGGCAGUUGUGGUGGGGUCAUCGGAUUCCGGUGUGGUAUUGCGCGGCCUGCGGCGAACAUGCGGCCCACAUCGACGAUCCGGACGCGUGCGUUCACUGCGGCAGCGACCGAAUUGAGCAGGACAGCGACGUGCUCGACACCUGGUUCAGCUCCGGUUUGUGGCCCCAUUCCACCCUGGGCUGGCCGGAUGAAGCGUCGACCGACCUGGAUAACUUCUACCCCAAUACCGUUCUGGAGACUGGGUACGAUAUCCUGUUUUUCUGGGUCGCCCGCAUGAUUAUGCUGGGCAUCGAAAACACCGGCCAGGUGCCGUUCCGGUCGGUGUACCUGCACGGCAUGGUGCUGGACGCCGAGGGUCACAAGAUGAGCAAAACCCGCGGCAACACCCUCGACCCGCUGGAACUGGUGGAACAGUACGGCACCGACGCGCUGCGGUUCGCCCUGACCACGGGCACCGCGCCCGGAAACAAUCUGCGGCUCAGCGACGACAAGCUGGAAUCGGCCCGCAACUUCGCCAACAAAAUUUGGAACGCCGCCCGCUUCGUGAUUAGCGCCGUUCGGGGACGGGAUGAUCUCGAAGGUUGGUACGAACUGCCCAACCCCGUGCACCGGGAAGAUCGCUGGAUCGUCAGUCGGCUGGAUGCCGUUACCGCUGCGGUCGGAAACGGGUUGGCGGAGUUUGAACUUGGCGAGGCGCAACAAAAUCUGUACGACUUCGUCUGGAAUGAUUUUUGCGACUGGUAUAUCGAAAUGGCCAAGGUGCGGUUGCGGGGCGCUGAACCCGGCGAAACCGCAGCGACGCUGGCCCACGUGCUGGAGCGGUCGCUGCGGCUGUUGCAUCCCUUCAUGCCGUUCGUUACCGAGGAAAUCUGGCAGAACCUGACGGCAGGCUUGCCGGCCCCCGCAGCGGGUUUGCCGGCCUCAAUAAUGGUGGCAUCCUAUCCCAGCGCAGACGGUUCCCGUGCCGCCCAGGAUGCCGAGGCGGAAGUGGACGUGGUGAUGCAAACCAUCCGGGCGGUGCGCAACGUGAGGGCGCAGCUGCGAAUCCCGGCCGGGCAAAGAUUGGAAGCGGUGAUUGAAUCCAAUGGCAUGGAUCAGGUCGUAGAAGAGGAAAAGGCAAUCAUGGGCGCGCUGGCUCGGCUGGAACCCCUCCGGGUGGUCGCUUCCGGCGAGGAUGGGCAAGGCGCUGGAGUCAGCCUGGUGGUCAACCCACUGGUGGUGCGCCUCCCGCUGACGGGCAUCGUCGACCUGGCGGCGGAAACCGAGCGUCUCGGCAAGGAACUGGACGACAUACGAGUCAAUGAGGAACGGGUACAGCGGCUGUUGGACAACCCCAAUUUCGUUGCCAAAGCCCGCUCGGAAGUGGUGGAGAACGAGCGCAAUCGCCUGGGCGGAUUGACCGAACAGCGGCAGCGGCUCGAGGGAAUCAUUUCCCAACUGACCGCGUAG